AUGUUCACAGAUUCGGACUUACACCAGGGUGUCCACAGAUUCGGACUUUCACCAGGAUGUUCACGGAUACGGACUUACACCAGGAUGUCCACAGAUCAGGACUUACACCAGGAUGUCCACAGAUUCGGACUUACACCAGGAUGUCCACAGAUCCGGACUUACACCAGGAUGUCCACAGAUGGGGACUUACACCAGGAUGUCCACAGAUUCGGACUUACUCCAGGAUGUCCACAGAUCCGGACUUACGCCAGGAUGUCCACAGAUCUGGACUUACACCAGGAUGUCCACAGAUUCGGACUUUCACCAGGAUGUUCACGGAUACGGACUUACACCAGGAUGUCCACAGAUUCAGACUUACAUCAGGAUGUCCACAGAUUCGGACUUACACCAGGAUGUCCACAGAUCAGGACAUACACCAGGAUGUCCACAGAUCAGGACUUACACCAGGAUGCCCACAGAUUCGGACUUACACCAGGAUGUCCACAGAUCAGGACUUACACCACGGUGUCCACAGAUUCGGACUUACACCAGGAUGUCCACAGAUCAGGACUUACACCAGGAUGUCCACAGAUUCGGACUUACACCAGGAUGUCCACAGAUCAGGACUUACACCAGGAUAUCCAUAGAUCUGGACUUACACCAGGAUGUCCACAGAUUCGGACUUACACCAGGAUGUCCACAGAUUCGGACUUACACCAGGGUGUCCACAGAUUCGGACUUUCACCAGGAUGUUCACGGAUACGGACUUACACCAGGAUGUCCACAGAUCAGGACUUACACCAGGAUGUCCACAGAUCUGGACUUACACCAGGAUGUCCACAGAUUCGGACUUACACCAGGAUGUCCACAGAUCAGGACUUACACCAGGAUAUCCAUAGAUCUGGACUUACACCAGGAUGUCCACAGAUGGGGACUUACACCAGGAUGUCCACAGAUUCGGACUUACUCCAGGAUGUCCACAGAUCCGGACUUACACCAGGAUGUCCACAGAUCAGGACUUACACCAGGAUGUCCACAGAUCAGGACUUACACCAGGAUGUCCACAGAUUCGGACUUACACCAGGAUGUCCACAGAUCAGGACUUACACCAGGAUAUCCAUAGAUCUGGACUUACACCAGGAUGUCCACAGAUGGGGACUUACACCAGGAUGUCCACAGAUUCGGACUUACUCCAGGAUGUCCACAGAUCCGGACUUACACCAGGAAGUCACAGAUGGGGACUUACACCAGGAUGUCCACAGAUCAGGGCUGAAACCAGGAUGUCCACAGAUCUGGACUUACACCAGGGUGUCCACAGAUUCGGACUUACACCAGGAUGUUCACGGAUACGGACUUACACCAGGAUGUCCACAGAUCAGGACUUACACCAGGAUGUCCACAGAUGGGGACUUACACCAGGAUGUCCACAGAUUCGGACUUACACCAGGAUGUCCACAGAUCAGGACUUACAUCAGGAUGUCCACAGAUGGGGACUUACACCAGGAUGUCCACAGAUUCGGACUUACACCAGGAUGUCCACAGAUCAGGACUUACACCAGGAUAUCCACAGAUCAGGACUUACACCAGGAUGUCCACAUAUCAGAACUUACACCAGGAUGUUCACUGAUCCGAACUUACACCAGGAUGUGCUAG